AUGGCAAUUUCUGUGUACUAUCAUUACCAGUAUUUACAGAAGAAUUUAUUAUCCGCUAGUUUUUCGGACUUGAUGGACUGUUUUUGUUUGACAAUGGCGCAUAUCAAAGUGAUCACCAAGUGUAUUGUGUUUUGGUUUAAUCAACGAAAAUUUGUUCAACUUUUGAGAAUGAUGACAGAAGAUUGGAACGACUGCGCCAAUAGCGAUAUCGGCACGCAGAAGACAACGGAGAAAGCAAACGUUGCGGAUCGCAUUACCAACAUGAUCAUUCUUCUUCAUACGUUAACAAUUUUUGCAUAUUGCCUGGGCGUUGUUCUGGCCGACGUCGACAUCACCGAUCAAACGACAGAUUUACCUUUUUUCACCAAGUUCGAAAGUCCGUUUCCCAUAACCACGCAACUCACUUACAGACUUGUGUUACUCGUAGAAUUCGUGCACUUGCUUAUCUGCGCGUGGACGGCUGGUAUAACAAACGUUCUGCUAUUGGUUUUGAUCUUACAUGUAGGUGGCCAAAUCGACAUUUUGCAUUACUGGUUGAUGCAACUCGCACCUCACGAAAACAACAGCGGACGGGAAUCGACUGUUGUUGAUGCGAGUAAAAUUAUUCAAAAACAUCAAAAGAUAAUCGAUUUCUCAAACCACGUCGAAAGUCUUUAUACGUACAUUGCAUUGAUGCAGUUUGUGUCAAACACACUAAUGAUUUGCUCGUUAGGCUUUCUUAUCAUAUCGGCAAUUGGAACUCCGAAUGUUGUAGAAGAAGUACUGAGAUCUCUUUUCUUUUACACUAUUACAAAUCUCGAAGCGUUUUUGUUUUGCUACGCUGGAGAAUAUCUGAACAAUAAGAGCAAAGAAGUUGGCGUUGCUGUGUACAAUUGUGCGUGGUAUAAUUUAAAAUCUAAAGAUAUUCGUGUUCUGUUGUUUAUUAUGAAAAGAUCGCAAAAACAAUUAACACUCACAGUCGGCAAGAUGACGAAUCUCUCCUUAGAAACAUUCACCAGUAUUAUGAAUGCUUCGGGAUCAUACUUGUCAGUAUUAUUAGCGAUAUAA